AGGAUUUAUGAGGGGGAAGGGGUUAAAUAUUUUCUUUAUUAAACAUUGUUUUUCAUAAUUGUAUGAAUUCCCAUGUGUAGAACAAAUUCGCAAAAGAUUUCCUGAAAAUUUCAAAAAAUAAAAAAGUUACGAGGAGUUAUAUGGGGUGCUUAAACCAGAAUUCCGCAUUUUAGAGGGGUCGGGGAGUCCCCGUUUUUAUUACUUAGUGUUGGUAAUCUGUGGAAUGUUAUUUGGUGUUUAUUGUAGGCAGAUUGGAGCUCCAAGCAAAACUAGCAUAGUCCUUUAUAGAUCCAACGUAUCUUUUGUAUACUUUGUUGUUUCUUUCUGCCUGGCAAAUGUAAUACCUACUGAUUGUAUGUAUAUCAGUUUUCUUCCUUUUACUUCAUAUUGUAUGUGUGUUGAGAAUUUUGUGAAUGUGUUAGCAUUUUGUCUUCGGUGAAUGGUUUGUUUAUGUUGUUGACUGUGAUGGUCGGUUAAGGAGUCAAGUGGUAACUUGUUGAUCUAAGUUUUGGUUAAUUUUAAUUUCAGUUCAACUUACGUUUAUUGUUUUUAUUAUUAUAUAUCUCUUAAUUCAAUAAAAAAAUUUUCGGAAUUUUCUUUUGCAAGAAGAUGCAUAAAAAUAUUAUAAUAAUAGCAGUUUAAAAAUAUUGAUAUAUUACUGUAUGAAAAAAAAUGACAUGCGGAUAAAAAAUUGGAGCGAUACUUUUUAGGAAGUUGCCGGUAUUUCCGGGUCCAUUUAUACAGUUUAUUAAAAUCGAGAUUUUGAAACCAAAAUAGAGCAACAUGCCUCAAUGUUGCGUUCCACAAUGUAACAACAGGAGUGAAAACUGUGAUUUAUCUUUCUAUCGAUUCCCGACAGCAGAAAUGGACAAAAACAAAUGGUUAAAAGCUAUCAAACGACAAAACUUUAUUCCAACCACAAAUAGUCGUGUUUGUAGUUGGCAUUUUCCUGUUGGUAAGAAUGCAGGACCUUUGAGAUUUGCCUGGAACAUAAACAACUUCCUAGAAUCUCCAAGUCCAGAGAAACGUCGACGUAAACCAAAUAGUAGUAACAAGAACCACAGACACUUUGACCACAGCAAACGUAAGAAGCACCAAGAAGAGAAGACAUCACCCCAUGUGAACCCAUUAGUUGUUCUGGCCCAAGUUGCUUUGCAAGAUGCAAAUUCAGACGCUGUUCUUUCAUCAUUUGAUACAAACCUCUCUAUAUCAAGUAACAACAAACAAGAUGAUGCAUUAGAUAACCCUAAUCCAGAACACUUAGAUAGUUAAUCCAAUUUCUAAAUAGGAAAUAUUAAAAUAUUAAAUGAUUAAAAAACAAAACAAAAAUAAAAAACACUUUUAUCAACAAUAAUUUUCAAUUAUUGUAACUAGAUUCCACAUACAUUUCCAGAAAGCUUUAAUUUAGUGGGAUUUAAAACAUAAAGGACAAAAAUUUUAAUUUCAUAUAUUUCUUUUUUUUUAAUUAUAUUCCUGGCUGGUUAUUUUACUGCUUCUUUGUAAUUUAUAUAUAUAUAUAUAUAUAUAUAUAUAUCAUAAAAUACAUUUUGAAAAUAUAUAGAGACUAACAAUUCACAUGCACAAUCAUCAUCAUGAUUUUGGCAUCUUUUUUUUUUAAUUGCUAAUAUACAACAGAUAAACUUGCAAUACAGCAUAUUUUCAUUUA